AUGCUAAACACAUAUGCCACCAUUGCUUUACUGGUUGGGGUUGUUGGAGUGAAUAGUAAAAGUUUAGAUCCUACCCCAUUUGUAAUUAACGGUCAAAUCGCUGACUAUGUACCUCACAAUGCGUACAUUCUCUUCAUGACUGAACAAAUGUCCGGAUUUUUCGGAGGUGGUUCGGUAAUAAGUAAUCGUCACAUUCUGACAGCGGCUCAAAACAUAAAAGGAUAUUCUAUUUGGGACAUUGGUCUUGGAGCUGAUUCAGUGUUUGGUAACCAACAAUUCUACAGAUCCAGAAAUGCUCUCUUCCAUCCGCAAUUUAAUGCCACAACCAGACAGAAUGAUAUCGGAAUUGUUUUUCUGCCUAAUCCGGUUGAUAUUAGUGGCCCAAUGGUCCGAAGGAUACCCCUUCCUGCCGCUGCAGGAUCAUUCAGACUACCACUAGAAAACGAACAGGGUUACGUGGUUGGAUUCGGAAAUGAGAAAACACCAGGUCCAGGCAGCUUCCUAAUGCAGGGCUUUCAACGGGUAACGGGCGAGACCCGUUGCAGGGCGAUCUACCAGAAUCAACCUACAGAUCGAUUCUGUGCCGAAGAUGCGCUCGUUAACGCAUGCAAUGGGGACAUCGGAGCUGGAUUUGUUUCUCACAUUAACAAUAGGCAGGUGUUGUUCAUGUUAGAUAACAACUUUGGGCUGCAGAAGGUGAUAUCGAUGAUCGAUGCUUGUACCUCUCUGCAGAAGGUACUAAUGGAACCCUCGUUUGCUAGUCUAACGUCCAGCUUGGACAAAGCUUUCAGUAAGCUUUGCCCCUAG